GGAGGGUUUGCUUAUAUUGAAGUAGAGACCUCUACCCCACGCGUACAGGCUUCCGCCUCUAUUAGAACAACGACCGUUAGGAACUUUAUAUGCAAAUAAUCCAACUAUACUUAGCGCUUUAAAUCUAUCAAAAUGGCGGGAACUAAACCGGGACAGAAGACAGUUCUCGUAACUGGAUGUACUCCAGGUGGUAUUGGACAUGGCAUAUGCUUGGAAUAUCAUCAACGCGGUCUCCAUGUAAUUGCUACCGCCCGAAGAUCUGAGGUGUUGGCCGAUCUCGCGGCGCUGGGCAUGAGCACCCUACCGCUCGACGUUACCGAUGCCGAAAGCAUCAAGCAAUGCCAUGAAGAAGUCGCGAAACUCACAGGUGGCAAGCUAGAUAUUCUCGUGAAUAAUGCCGGCCGUACCCAUACGCAUCCCGCGACAGACAUCUCGUUGCCGGAUGUCCGACAGACCUUUGAGACCAACGUAUUCUCAAUAAUGGCCAUGGUGCAAGCCUUUAUAGACCAGCUCAUUGCAGCAAAGGGCUUGAUCAUCAACAUUUCGUCGCUUUCGUCCGUAACCCCUUAUGUAUUUGGCUCGGUCUAUUGCGCGAGCAAGGCCGCUGUCGUAGGUUAUUCGCGCACCUUACGAAUGGAACUAGCACCCUUGGGAGUCCGCGUGAUGGUAUCGAUGACUGGUACGGUCAAAAGCAAUACGGCUUCCCAACCUCUUCGUGGCCUACCGGAAAAUAGCCUCUAUGGUCGCGCUAAGGAUAUAUUCGCAUGGAGAGUUGUCUUCAGUCAAAAUGCGUCUACCUUCCCCACCGAGACGUUUGCUAAAAAGUUGGUUAACGACUCUCUGCGCCCAGAGGUUCCUACGAUAUUCAGACGCUGGUUCGGACGGCCGGAUUGGUUCUGGUCUGGCGGGAUGGCAAAUCUCGUAUGGUUUGGGACAUGUAUAGGCGAGUGGGUUAUUGACGCCUUCUGUUGGCGCACCUUUCGAAUGAGCGAGAUAACGAAGUUGCUCAGCGAGGAUCAGAGCCAGAAAAAGCUGAAGUGAUGUUGCUACAAUUUCGCAUUUCAUCUGUAAUCAAGUUUCUACAUCAUGAACACGGGACCGUCAUCCCUGAGUUGUAGCAUAGCGUUCAGUUUUCUAAACCAUUUGGCACUUUUUUACUUGAUCCUACCGACAAUAUCAGUCAUCGCUAGUAUAAUGGACGCUCAUCUAUAAAUUAUUAAUUACUCGUAGUUAUGGUUCCAAUAUUGGACCUUACCUUUGGACUCAUUAGUGGGAGUCGGGUUGUACACUAGGAUAAAGACAUUGGUCUAGUACAUCAGC